CCGUGUGGACACUGUACCUGCUGGGGCCGAAGCAUGGUCGGACACGGCUUCAGGGCGGCUGAUCUCAGGGCAGCCGAGCCGUUUGACAGCACCGGACGGAGCCCGACGAGAGGAAGGCUCCUCAAGCAUGUCAGCCUUGCCACCAACAUGUUGUCAGUCUAAACAGUGAACAUAAUCAUUUAUGUUAAAUCGGUAACAAAAUGGUUAGCCACCUAGCAUGCUCACAUCCCAAACAACCGCUUUGUUAUGUAGCGAAGAGACGUUAGCUAGCGUGAUCUAACUGCGUAAGCUACGGCAUCAUCUUAUUCUUUAGACUUUAACCAUCUUCUGACGCAAGCUUUCAAGAGUUCAUGAACGUUCUCGCCUUCGUCAUCAAGAUGCGACGACCUAUAGCGGAAGUGGACUGUGCGCCAACUUUCGCGCCGGUAUGACGUCAUGCAGCUCACAAACCCGGAAUUCUAGCCUGCAGACACAGCUAUCGUAAACAGUCGCUUCUUAACACUUUUUUUUGGCGACGUAUGGCAACAGGCGAGGAGCCCGGACGUGUCCACCGGGCUCCGGGUUGUCUGUGUGUCCUCUGCGGGCUUCCUGCUGCGGGGAAGUCCUCGCUGUCGAAUACAGUUUGUCUCUCCGCAAGUCGGCGUGGAUGGAGAGCCACUGUGGUGCAGUAUGACGAGCUGAUCCCAGAUCAGGCUUUUCACGCCAGGGAGUCAGACGAGCAUACAGAAUGGAAGCUCCACAGACAUGCAGUGCUACAGCGCAUUGAAGACUUCCUGAAUAAUCCAAAAGCGCCACUCGAGAUUCCCGCCGGAUGCAGGAUCGACAGGACCGCGUGGGACCGAUGCGUUAGAUCGCUUCUGGACCCCACCCAGGCCAACCAGGCGCCACUGUUGUUUCUACUGGAUGACAACUUCUACUACCCGAGCAUGAGAUAUGAGGUUUACCAACUGGCUAGGAAGCAUUCACUGGGCUUUUGCCAAGUGUACGUGCAGUGCUGCUUGGAGUCGUGCAUCAGCAGGAACAAGAACAGGCCUCAUCCCGUCCCCAGUGAGGUGAUCGAGGAGAUGGAGAAGCGUUUGGAGCGGCCAAAUCCUAAGAAGAACCCGUGGGAGGCGAAGAGUAUUUCAGUCAACGCGAUGGACAACGUAUCAGAGCGUGACAUUCAGCGGGUGAUGGAGCUGAUCUGCUCUGCACUCAGCGACCCCUUAAGCCCAGUUGUGGAUGACACAGAGCAAAAGGAGGCUGACCGCCAAAAGUGCGCCGCCAACGUGGUUCACCAGGCUGACCAGGCCUGUAGACGUCUCAUCUCUGAAGCCAUGAAAAAAGCCAGAGCAAACGGGGUAUCCUCUGAACACAUGAAGUCCUUGGCAGCUCAGCUCAAUGAAUCCAAAGCAGAAUUUCUCUUAAAUGUGCGCAAACGUUUUCUUCAAGAGGCGUCUUUUAUUGCAGAAGAGGAACUCGAUGUGGAACAUGUGAUGAAGAGAACCGUGGAACUUUUUGAUCAUGAUGUACAGGAAAUACUGUCAAAAAUAAUAUUAAACAAGGAUUAUUUAUGAAUGGGGGCUGCACGGUGGACGAGUGGUUAGUGCGCAAGCACAAUUUUCCCCGUGCAUGCGUGGGUUUUCUCCAGGUACUCUGGUUUCCUCCCACAUUCCAAAAACCACUCCAAAUUGUCCAUAGUUAUGAAUGUCAGUUUGUCUAUAUGUGCCGUGAUUGGCUGGCCACCAGUCCAAGGUGUACCUCGCCUCUAGCCCAAAGUCAGCUGUGAUAGGCUCCAGCACCCCCGCGACCCUCGUGAGGAUAAGCGGUAGAAAAUGAAUGAAUCAAUGGCGACAAAAUGUACGCGACAAAUGUGAUGACAAUGACAUUUAUUGUAUUAAAGAUUGUUUAUGUGUA